AUGGAUCACAUAGGGGCUCACCACCUGCACCAGGGCCAGGCCGAGCCCAUCAGCUUCGGCAUCGACCAGAUCCUCAACACGUCGGAGCCGGGCAGCUGCAUGGUGUCGCACCCGCGCCUGCAGGACUCGGCGGACUACGGCCUGGGCUGCAUCGUGGGCAGCGCCUACAACACCGUGAGCGGCGGCUACGGGCCGAGCGGCGGCGCGGCGGGCGCCUAUAACGGCACCUCGUGCAGCAUGGGCGCCCUGCCCGGCUCCUACAACGUGAACAUGGCGGUGAGCAUGAACGGCAACAGCCUGAGCUCGCCCGCCGGCGUGAUCCGCGUGCCCGCGCACCGGCCCGUGGCCGGCGGCGUGCACCAGCCCCUGGCCGCCGCCGCCGCCGCCGUGCCGGCCGUGAACGGCAUGAACAGUCUCACGGGGCUCACCUUCCCCUGGAUGGAGAGCAACAGGCGCUACACGAAAGACAGGUUCACAGGUCACCCCUACCAGAACCGCACGCCCCCCAAGAAGAAGAAGCCGCGCACGUCCUUCACGCGCCUGCAGAUCUGCGAGCUCGAGAAGCGCUUCCACCGGCAGAAGUACCUGGCCUCGGCCGAGCGCGCCGCCCUGGCCAAGGCCCUCAAGAUGACAGACGCCCAGGUGAAGACCUGGUUUCAGAACCGGCGCACCAAGUGGAGGAGGCAGACGGCGGAGGAGAGGGAGGCAGAGCGGCARCAAGCGAACCGCAUCCUCAUGCAGCUGCAGCAGGAGGCCUUCCAGAAAACCAUCAACCAGCCCAUCCAGGCGGACCCCAUCUGYGUCCACAACUCCUCUCUCUUCGCCCUGCAGAACCUCCAGCCCUGGUCUGAUGACUCCACCAAGAUCACCAGCGUCACCACCGUGGCCUCCGCUUGCGAGUGA